AUACCACCACUACCAUAUCGUCGUUUCAGACGAGAGAGCCAAACCAAGUGUGAGCAAAGGCGCUUCCUUCCUCCCUCCCCUUCCCCUUCCCCCCGGCGCCGAUCGAAUCGCUCAUCGAUUUCGAUUUCGGUUUCGCGAGGGGGACGAGCAGGGGGAUCCGAUCGGUUUCGCUUCUCUGCUUCCGAUCAUCGGAGGCGUUCUUGAUUGUUCUUUUCGAUUUCUUUAUCGGGGGACCAAUUUUGGAGAAGAGGAGCGUCUUGUCUCCACCAAUUCCCAUGCUCGGCGGCCUCGAGAUCCGACUCUGACCGAGCCCCGUCUCCGCGGCUGAAUCUGCGGCGAGACAGCACCAUGGGCAACGCGGGAAGCAACGGCGGCGGCGGCGGCCCAGGCCACCGACGCCGGAGCUCCGGCCACGGCCACCACCACCAGCCCCCACCACCUCCUCCGCAGCAGGAGUCCGCCCCGAACCGCUACGUCUUCGCGGCCGCCACGCCGUACCCGCCGCAGUACCCGAACCCCAACCCGCCGCCGCAGUACUACCCGCAGUACGGGGGCUACUACCCGCCCCCGCCGCCGCAGGUGCCCCUCCCGGCGCCCUACGACCACCACCACCGGGGCCCCGCUCCGCAACCGCCGCCGCCGGGCGGCCCCGCCGCCACCGCCGGGGAGUUCCCGCCCUCCGUCCACCACUACCCCGGCUGGGCGGGGCGGUACCCCUACGGCCUGCAGCCGCCCAUGCCCACGCCCUACGUCGAGCACCAGAAGGCCGUCACCAUCCGCAACGACGUCAACCUCAAGAAGGAGACGCUACGGAUCGAGCCCGACGAGGCCUGCCCCGGACGGUUCCUCGUCGCCUUCACCUUCGACGCCACUGUUGCUGGGAGCAUGAUUGUCUACUUCUUCGCAAAGGAAGAGCUCAACUGCAAUCUCACAGCAAUGAAACCAGACUUGAUUAAGCCUGUUACUGUUAGCUUCAAAGAGGGUCUUGGCCAGAAGUUCAGGCAACCAUCAGGGACUGGAAUUGACUUCUCAGCGUUCGAGGACUCUGAGUUGUUGAAACAGGGGGGAAUGGAAGUAUAUCCACUUGCAGUUAAAGCUGAAACAACAUUGUCUGCUGAUCCACCACCGGAAGGGGAAGAUCAGAAGAUAAAAACUCCAAACUCACAGAUCACACAGGCUGUGUUUGAAAAGAAAGAAAGUGGGGACUAUUCAGUAAGAGUUGUCAGCCAAAUCCUUUGGGUAAAUGGAACUAGGUAUGAGUUGCAGGAAAUAUAUGGAAUAGGAAAUUCUGUGGAAGGGGAAAGUGAUGCAAAUGAUCCUGGGAAAGAAUGUGUUAUCUGUCUGUCAGAGCCAAGGGAUACUACUGUCCUUCCUUGUAGGCAUAUGUGCAUGUGCAGCGAGUGUGCCAAGGUCCUGAGGUACCAGACCACCCGGUGCCCCAUCUGCCGUCAGCCGGUUGAGCGGCUGCUGGAGAUCAAAGUCAACAACAAAGCUGAAGAGCAGCCACAGCAGACGUCCCAAUCGCCUCCUCUACCCUCAUCCCCGCCUCUGCAUAAGGAAGAGGUGUAGCUGCGACCGAUAUGGGACAUCAUAAAAGCAUUAUAUGCUUCUAGAUUGUGGCCUUCGGGCCUUCUUCCCUGUGGCGGGGUGCUCACUCGUUUGAGCAUAUGGGAUGUAACUGAUAAACUUUGCCUGAGAUACCUGUAGUGUAUGUAAAGCAUGUUGUAAAGCUUCUGGCAUCAUCAUGCGGCAUGCUGGUUCCCGUAGGGAGUCUUGUUGAUGCCAAGAUGAGUGGGUGCACUGAACAUCUGAUACGUUCAUGCGUGUACUAUUGGCCACCUGUAAUGCGGCAGAAGCUGCUUGGUUCCCUCUAUCAGGGGAGAAAAAAGGAGGGACAUGAGAGGUGACUCCAGAUUUGUACAAAGUCUCAUGAUUUCUAUUGUAUCAUAAGUUUACCUCGAUGGUGACACAUUUCUCUUC